AUGAGCCGUGGUCGUGGAGCACCGGCCAGAGGUGCUGGUCAUACUGAGGUCAGCCAAUCAGUUCUAGUUUAUGCUGCACGUCGUCGAGAGGACGAAGAUGCCCCAAAUGUUAUUUCAGAUACGUUCUUUGUUCAUCAUGUACCUUACACUGCAUUGAUUGAUGUUGGAUAUAAAACAGUUAGGGAUUUUCUGGAUGUUUUUCUCGAUGAGCUACCGGGGUUACCUCCUAAACGUGAAUUUGCAGUGGCAUUUAUAGAUGACAUUCUGGUGUAUUCAAGGACUGAGGAGGACCAUGAUGAACAUAUCCGGGUUGUUUUACAGAUUUUGAGGGAGAAGCAACUGUAUGCUAAAUUCAGUAAGUGUGAAUUCUGGUUAUGUGAGGUUAAAUUAGAGCAUCAACUGCCUUCGGGGUUGCUUCAGCAGUUAAGAUUCCACUAUGGAAGUGGGAAAGAGUAA